AUGCCGAAAAGUCCCAGAUCUGAGGGCUCAGCAAAUGAAGUACCAGUAGAUCCAUCUACAGAAAGCCCUAAAUCUGGUGAAAAUGCAGUAGUAGUAGAGGAACGAAAGUGGACGAGCCUAUUUACCAAAAACCGAGCUACAGCAAAUGGAUUAUCACUAGAUUAUCUCCCUCCUCAAAUGCUGAAUGGGAAACCAAUAGUCCAUCUGGACAAAGAUGAGGUAAAUCAGGAAAUCAAAAAAUGGAGCACUGCCUUAAUAGCCUAUUUCAUAGGUGAUGUACUGGGUUAUAAUGCUUUAACAAGAUACAUUACGCAGUUCUGGUCCAAUGUGGCAACACCUCAGCUCUAUUACCAUGAAGAAGGGUACUAUGUGAUUAGAUUUCGAUCGACUGAAGAUAUGAAUGAAAUCUUCUACUCAGGGCCUUAUACCAUUAAUAAUAGACCUAUAAUUCUUAAACUAUGGACUGUGGAUUUUGAUUUCAGUAAGGAAUUCCCUACAACAAUUCCUCUCUUGGUGAAAUUUCCAAAACUUCUGAUGUCUUGCUGGGGGAAAGGCUCAUUGAGUAGAAUAGCUAGUGUCAUUGGAGUCCUAAUACAUGCUGAUGAAUGUACUGCUAAACAAACAAGGAUCUCUUAUGUUCGAAUGUUGAUUGAAGUGAAUGUUACUCAACCACUGCCUGAUAAGAUUGCUGUUAUGGACCCUCAUGAGAAAGUGUUUGAGCAGGAGGUUCUAUAUAAUUGGAAACCUAAGUUCUGCCCUAAAUUCUCAAUGGUUGGACAUGUAUGA